CGCAAGAUAGCUUUUUUCCUUAUUCAAAUGCUAUCCUCCUCCGUGGAUGCGCUCUGCACACCUCCUCCAUCCCCCCGAGUCCACCGGGCUUGUCCUUCGUCGCUCUGCGGAAAAUUUUUUGCGCGAAAAUGAAGUGUUUCGAGAUUCUACAAGCUCUCAUCUUCUGUUGCUUGAGUCGCUCUUUCAUCGUGCAGUAGGUUUUCUUGCAGGUGUGCUCCAGCUCUGAUUUAUAUAUAUGGUGCAAUGAUGUCUGAAUUAACAAGUGUGAUGAAGGAAACUUCUGAAAAUAAUACUGAUUCAUCCCCGAAUGAUUUUGGUACCAUAGAAGAAUCGCCUGAGGAAACCAUAUUGUCACGGCAAACUUCAAUUAAUCUUGUCCCAUUUAUUGGCCAGAGAUUUGUUUCACAAGAUGCUGCAUAUGAGUUUUAUUGCAGCUUUGCAAAGCAGUGUGGCUUUUCAAUUAGACGGCAUCGAACUCGAGGGAAAGAUGGGGUGGGGAGGGGGAUUACCAGAAGGGAUUUCACCUGUCACCGUGGUGGCUAUCCGCAGAUAAAGCCUUCUGAUGAUGGAAAGCUACAGAGAAAUCGAAAGUCAUCUCGUUGCGGAUGUCAAGCAUUCAUGCGAAUUGUUAAAAGGGCUGAUUUUGACACACCUGAAUGGCGCAUUACUGGUUUCAGCAACAUCCACAAUCAUGAACUUUCAAAAUCAAGUGAUGUGCAGCUGAUUCCUGCUUACUGCACUAUGUCUGCGGAUGACAAGAGCCGGAUUUGCAUGUAUGCAAAAGCUGGGAUGUCAGUGCGACAAAUGUUAAGAUUAAUGGAGCUGGAGAAGGGUGUCAAGCUUGGUUGUUUACCUUUCACGGAAAUAGAUGUCAGGAAUUUGUUGCAAUCUUUUAGACGCGUGGAUCGUGAUAAUGAUGCUAUAGACCUUCUCAAAAUGUGCAAGGAUAAGAAAGAUAAAGAUCCCAACUUCAAAUACAACUUCCAGCUAGAUGCAAAUAAUAGAUUGGAAUAUCUUGCAUGGUCUUAUGCUUCUUCCAUUAGAUCCUAUGAGGCUUUUGGAGAUGCGGCAGUAUUUGAUACUACCCACCGUUUAGAAGCUUAUGAUAUGAUCUUAGGGAUUUGGGUCGGAGUUGAUAAUCAUGGAAUGAAUUGUUUCUUUGGUUGUGUACUUCUUCGGGAUGAGAAUUUGCAGUCUUUUUCAUGGGCACUGAAGACUUUCUUGGGUUUCAUGAAUGGAAAGGCUCCGGGAACUGUUUUGACUGACCAGAACAUGUGGCUGAAAGAAGCAGUUGCAGAUCAGAUGCCAAGGACAAAACAUGCUUUUUGCAUCUGGCAUAUCGUUGCGAAGUUCUCUGAUUGGUUUUCAGUGCUUCUUGGGCCACGAUAUGACAAAUGGAGGGCAGACUUUCAUCAACUCUAUCAUUUGCAUAGUGAGGAAGAUUUUGAAGAAGGAUGGAGGGAGAUGGUCCGCACGUAUGGGCUACAUGGAAAUAAGCAUAUCAAUAGCUUGUACGCAUUGCGUAUAUUUUGGGCCCUUCCAUAUUUGAGAUCUUACUUUUGUGCUGGAAUGACCAGCACUAUGCAAUCUGAGGCAGUCAGUGCUUACAUCCAGAGGAUUUUAAGUGCUCAAUCAAAUCUUGAUAAUUUAGUGGAGCAGGUUGCUGCUAUAGUUGAACUAAAGGAUGACACAGGAGUAAAGCAAAAGUUGCAACAAAAAAUCCGGAAAGUCACCCUCAAAACUGGAUCUCCAAUUGAAUCUCAUGCUGCUUCUGUUCUAACACCAUAUGCAUUUACCAAACUACAAGAGGAACUUGUAUUGGCACCGCAAUAUGCCUCUCUAAUGGUAGAUGAAAAUUAUUUCAUCGUGAGACACCACACGCAGAUGGAUGGAGGAUGCAAAGUUCUCUGGAUCCCUCAAGAUGAAUUCAUCAGCUGCAGCUGUCACCAGUUUGAAUUUUCAGGUAUCCUUUGUCGACACAUUCUCCGGGUUCUGUCAAACAACAACUGUUUUCACAUUCCCGACCGGUAUUUGCCUCUCCGCUGGUGUGGUGCAAAAGGCAGUGUGAGGACAUCUGGGGAGUAUGCUGGAAAAGUACAGCUAUUGCAGUCUAUGGUUUCAUCACUAAUUUCAGAAUCUGUUGAGUCUGAAGAGUGCUUAGACGUUGCCUGUGACCAAAUAGGUGCAGCAAUUUCCCGUAUUAAAGAAUUUUCUGGGCAUCCACACGAAACCGAUGAAAUUGGCUAUAAUAGUCCACCAGACUCCUUGGUUCUUCCGGAGGUUGAAGAGUCUGAUAGUAUAGUUCACGGUUUUGCAGUCGGGAACCCUCACGAGUCUAUUGCCACUGGCAAAAUGAAAGAGAGAAGAACAAGAGACGGUGUGGAUUUCUAUAGGAAAAGAAGACGUUGUUCCGUGCCUUGCUGUGGGCAGUUGGGACACGACACAGCCGAGUGCCCAUUGAUGCAGGGUGAUGAUUUGAACGGAGACGGGCUUGGCUUCCUAUAGCUAACAGAGACAUCAAGGACUGCUCUUUUGCGGUUAUUCAAAUUUUGUAUGCACAGACCUACUCUUGUCCCAAGGUUGAAUCAUGAUCUUGCGGGGACAUUUCCUUUGGUCGACUCUCUUACUUGUAAAUUGAGUUACUCAAUAGAUGAUAGAUACUGACAAGCAUUUUUUAGUCAGUAGAUGAUGCUUCAAGUCGGAUUAUGUUAUAGCUUGUAGUAUAUGUACAAGCUGAACUGAUCACAUCACAAAAAGUGGUUUGUAGAAUCAAAUAAUAUAGUCUUUUCUUCAA